AUGGGAUUCUUGACCAUUGGAACGCCGCUUAGCUUCAAGGAUACCGCAAAAAGAGCUGAACGAAUAAGACUGCUUGGCACUUUAGAGCUUUUGCAGUCAUAUCUCCGCAACCAUGGUCGAAAGGAUGAAGUUAGACGAUUUGGGCAUGAGUGCGAGUAUAUGCUGAUCCAAUUGAACCCAAUUACACGGGAAGCAAAACUGAUGCCAUGUGCGCCACAGUUGCUGAAGAGGAUACCAGACAGUCCAGAACCCGAUUCCAGAGGCUACAAGUUCAUGCCAGAGUUUGGUGCCUUCAUGAUUGAAGGUAUACCGCGUGAACCGUGGCGUUUGGAUGAGGACUACGUCUUGGACCUGUCCAAAUGGUUUGCAGAUGCCCGGCGACACAUCUGUGCUGUAUUAGAGAGCAUGGGAAUGCAAAAUGUAUAUCCCUUUACCCUAACAUCUUUUCCACUACUUGGAGUCCCUAAUACAGUUUGCGAAUAUCCAAUGGAUCCUUCAGUGAAUCGGCCAGUGAUGCUGAGCGAGUUCUGUAGCGACGUUUUGGUGAACCCGCAUCCACGCUUCACAACACUUGCGCGUAACAUUCGAACACGACGUGGAAAGAAAGUCCAUAUCACAUCUCCGCCGUUCAUACAAAGUGAAAGCAAUGUAUCGCAAAACGAUGAUCCGUGCAGUAGUCCCGCCACAGUAGCCCCGAUCCCUGAAACCGAUGCAUAUGACACUUCGUCAGAUACAGUUACAAGUGACCGUGAGGGUUAUAGUAGCGAAAAAGAUGAAAAUGCAGGCCACGGGCCCUCAAAUUCCCAUAUAAAUGGUAGUUAUGACUACACCAAAGAAGCAAAAGAUACUCUUUCGAACCUAUUUUUAAAACCAGAUGCUGGACCAAAUGUUGCUCUCGACGAAGAAAUAGACGCAGCAGUGAUGUCUAACGAUGUGAGAAACAUUAUUAAAAAUAUCCAACCAUCGCUCAAACCACGUGAUCCCAUAUAUAUGGAUGCCAUGGUAUUCGGUAUGGGCAUGUGUUGUCUACAAACAACAUUCAGCUGUGUCGAUGAAUACGAAGCCCGCUAUUUGUACGACCAACUGGCUGUACUGUCACCGCUUUUCCUAGCGUUAACUGCUUCAACGGCGGCGUUCAUAGGCACAAUGUCAUCCCACACAACUCGAUGGCGCGUGCUGUCUCAAUCGGUAGAUGAUAGGCGUGAUGAAGAACUUGAGCUUGUACCUUUCUCAAGAUUCUCAACUGUUACACUAUACAUUUCAAAGGAACCCUAUUUAUUGGAAAACUACAAACGCCUAAACGAUGUUGCAGUACCCUCAAGGCCAGAUGUGUACAAGGCCUGCUUGGACGCCGGUAUCGAUCGCGUGAUGGCACGCCAUUUUGCCUACAUAAUGGCACGUGAUCCUUUAGUUGCGUUCCAUGAAGAUUUGGAUGCGGUUGAUACACAUAACACAGACUCACAUUUCGAGGCAUUUCAAAGCACCAACUGGAACACGGUACGUUUCAAGCCACCACCCCUGCAAGCUGGCGGUUCAUAUCCCAUCCCAUGGCGUGUGGAAUUCCGUUGUUGUGAAGCUCAGCUGCGAGAUAGAGAGUCUGCUUGCAUCGUGGCGGUCAUAGCAUUGACCGUACGUGUUUUGCUGAAAGAGCGUUGGAACCUAUACAUGCCAAUGUCGCUGGUCCACCAAAAUAUGGACGCAUCCGAUGCCCAGGAUGCUAUAAAAGACCACAAAUUCUAUUUCGUUGACAAUGUAGCUAAUGGGUCAGAGCAUAUCGGGCAAUUCACUAUGCAAGAAAUAUUCUUCAGCCACGAUUCCCUGGGACUGUUCAAUCGCUGUGCUAGACACGUCGAAGAAGAUUUCAAAUCUGGCGCCAUCUCAAAGGAAUCUUAUGACAUCCAUAUGGAGAACUUGCAGAUGGUGAAAGACCGUAUAUGUGGUUCACGUGCAACGAACUCGCAGGAGAUCCGGGAUUACAUUCUGAACCAUCGCGAUUUUGCAGGUAAUGGCAAAGUCACACAACAGAUUGUGUUCGACAUGUUGACGACAUUAGCACAAUCGAUCUAA